AUGAUACCAUUGAACCAUACUAUUUCCACUACACUCAGCGUUCAAACCCAAGUCCAAACUCAAGCCUCAAAGGCCCUAUCUUCCUCCUUCCAAUUUGGCCCCCUCGACUCCAACAAAUCCAAUGCCACUUUCAAAUUCACCUUCACCUCUCCCUCGACAUGUCUUCCCUAUCGCUCGAAGCGUACACGCCCCCUCUCAGACGUCGAUGGAAACUUGAACGUGAAUACUGUGAAUGAAGGACCAGGACGAAAAAAAAGAAGAUUGCGUCUUCAUCUUAUUACCUCGCGAUUGAGUAGGCCAUUCUCUGUGCCUGCAAGCUACAAACAUGCUAGGAUAUUUGGCAUGAAAGGAGUAUGUGUGAAGGGUGUUGGUGGGGUGAAAAGGCUUGGAGUACUUGGAGGAGACGGAAAAGUUGGAGGAAAGAAAGAAAUUGGAAUGGAACGUAAUGUGCUACGGAAGGUGGCGAUUUUCAAUCGAAUCAGGUUGCAGAUGCGGAUGCAUGGGGCAAGGGAGUCAAUGUUUCGAGAGCAAAAGCAACGGACAUUGUUGGAUGUGGAUAUGCAUCUAAGGGAGAUUCUUGAGGAAAAACAGAACAAAAGGUGGAAUGAACUUGUGUUGCCUCCGAGUCCACUUGGAAGGUCGAACUAUGAUGUUUUAGAUUCAGAAGAUGAGAUGUUGAUGGAUGAACUGGAGGAUGGGUGUGAGAAGAUGAUCUAUAGUGACUUCAAUGUCAUGUGUUCUUCGGAAGAGGGAGAAGAUGAGUAUGAGUACCUUGAUACGCUUGAUGGACUUUCUCCAGAGGAUAUGCAAGAGCAGCCACUGAGUCCGCCCGAAGACGAGAGAAUUGUGGAGAUGCUACGGGAGGAGGAGAGAUUGCAUGAUAGCUAUUUUGUGUGUGUUGGAGGUGCGGAGAUGGGAGUUUUGGUGGGAUAA